UGCGACCAAGAGCAACGCGACCUAAAGCAAAUGCGGCUCUUUCUUACUUGAGACAUGUGGGAUUUUUUUUUAUUAUCGGAAAUAAUGAUUUGUAAAAAUAAUUGAUCCAGUUACAUCAGUUAAUCUGUCUUUUAAACAAAUCGUUGUGGUUUAACCACGUAUUUCAAAGCAAAAUGGCAAACGUCAAUCUCCAGUUUAAAACCAACUAUGCUGUUUCCAGUACGAUUGAACCAUUCUACAAGGGAGGAAAAGUACAGAUCAGUAAAGAUGAAAAGUACAUAUUUUGUACGUGUGGCACACGUGUCAACGUUUUGGAAAUCGUCACAGGGAAGAUUGUUCACAGUAUUGAACAGGAUGAUCAGGAGGAUAUCACAUCAUUUGCACUCAGCCUUGAUGAUGAGAUCUUGGUAACAGCCAGCAAGGCCCUGCUGCUGAAGCAGUGGGAAUGGAAACAAGCCCAGUGUACACGCUCCUGGAGGGCCAUCCACAAUGUGCCCAUUGCCAGCAUGACCUUUGACCCCACUUCCACACUGCUUGCCACUGGUGGCUGUGAUGGCACCAUAAAGCUGUGGGAUGUGUUAAAGCAGUACUGCACACACAACCUGAAGGGGUCCUCUGGGGUCGUACACCUGGUGGAUUUCCAUCCUGACAUGAGCCUGCUGCAGCUGUUCUCGUCGGCUUCGGACUGUACCAUCCGGGUGUGGGACCUGCGUUCCAGCCAGUGUGUGUGUAUACUGAAGAGCCACUACAGUCCUGUCACCUCCCUGGCCUUCACCCCUGAUGGAACCUCCAUGGUCAGUUCUGGCAGGGACAAGAUCUGCACAGUGUGGGAUCUGAAGACCCGGACAGCCAAGAGGACAGUGCCCGUCUAUGAGGCUGUAGAGAGUGUGGUGUUGCUCCCUGAGGGGCAGGAUCUCUCGGAGAUGGGGGUGAAAACCAGAGGGCUCCACUUCAUCACAGCAGGGAGCAAAGGCGUACUGCGGGUGUGGGAAGCCAGCUCUGCCCGCUGUGUGUUCACCCAAACCCCCCCGUCGGGCUCCCAGGGUGGGGAGGUGGAGGAUGGAGACCCCCGGAGCCUCACCCACUGCCUUCCCCUGCCCUCCUCCCUCCGACUGGCCACGGUCACAGCCGAACACAACAUCCUGCUCUACCAGCUGCCCGGCCUUACCACCCAGAAACAGUUUGUUGGUUACAAUGAUGAGGUUCUGGAUGUGAAGUUUCUUGGCAAAAAUGACUCUCACAUCGUCGUGGCAACCAAUAGCUCUCAGCUUAAGGUGUUUGACCUGGACACCAGUAGCUGUCAGAUCCUUUACGGACACACAGAUACUGUCCUGUCACUUGAUGUGUUCAAAAAAGGCUCCCUGUUUGUGAGCUGUGCAAAGGAUAAAACAGUGCGUUUGUGGAGGCAGGACCAAGAAAGUGGAGAGGUGUGCUGUGUGGGCCUGGGCUCUAGUCAUGCUAACGCUGUGGGCUCCAUCACCUGCUCCAGGAUGAAGGAGUCGUUUUUGGUGUCUGGUAGUCAGGACUGCACAAUCAAGGUGUGGGAUCUUCCAGACACUGUCCCGGAAACAGACAGUGACAUACUGGAGCUGUCUGCUCGUGUUACAGAGAAAGCCCAUGACAAGGAUGUCAACAGUGUGGCGGUGUCCCCUAAUGACAAGCUGCUGGCAUCCGGUUCCCAGGAUCGCCUAGCCAAGCUGUGGUCCCUGGGGGCCCCCGGGGCCAACCUGGCCCUUCUAGGAGUAUUCCGGGGCCACCGUCGGGGGGUCUGGUGUGUCCUCUUUUCCCCCAUGGACCAAGUGCUGGCCACCUCCUCAGCCGAUGGCUCCAUCAAACUCUGGGGCCUCCAGGACUUCAGCUGCCUCAAGACGUUUGAGGGUCACGAUGCCUCCGUGCUGAAGCUCAUCUUUGUGAGCCGAGGGACCCAGCUACUCUCAAGUGGUACUGACGGGCUGGUCAAGCUUUGGACCAUUAAGACCAACGAGUGUGUGAAGACGCUGGACGCCCACCAGAACAAAGUUUGGGGUCUCCACGCCACCAGAAAAGAUGACCGCAUGGUCACUGCCUCAGCUGACUCCAACAUCACUGUCUGGACGGAUGUGACCGAGGUCGAACAGGCAGAGGAGCAGGCUAAGCAGGAAGACCAGAUACUCAAGAAACAGGAGCUGUCUAACCUGCUCCAUGAGAAGAAGUACCUAAAGGCUCUGGGCCUGGCUAUCUCCCUGGACCAACCACACACUGUGCUUAAAGUUAUCAAAGCCAUCCGCCAGGAGGUAGGGGGUGAGGAGCAGCUGGAGAAGACCCUACUGAAGCUGCGCCAGGACCAGAAAGAGUCCAUGCUGCGGUACUGUACUGUGUGGAACACCAAUGCCCGGAGCUGUCUUGACGCCCAGGCCGUGAUCCGAGUGAUGCUCACGCACCUCUCCCCUGAAGAGCUGCUCCAGUACCAGGGGGCGCGUUCACACCUGGAGGGCCUCAUACCCUACACAGAGAGACACCUGCAGAGGAUUGGCCGUUUGCUGCAGGCCUCCAUGUUCCUGGACUACAUGUGGCAGAAGAUGAGAGUUACCGGAGCAACAGCCAGUGGGGAUUAUCAAGAUACGGAGAUGGACACCGCCCAUCUUCAGGAGCGCAUAUUCACGACUGAUGGGCGAUCUGGCGUGGGUGGAGAAGAGGGGGCUGAGGAGGGGGAAGACCCAAACUGCCCAGCCGGCAUGGAGGGGGUGGCGGAGGAUGACAGCGACGACGAUGAAAUUAGCAUCUCCAGGAAAGCCUCGGUCAACAGACGUAGAGAUGGAAAGAGACAAAAUGGCAGAGAAAAUGGCCACAAUGACUCUUGCAGCGGGGAGAGCUCCGCAGAUGAAGAGGAGGAGCCGGGAGACUCAAAGAUGUCAGGGUGUCAGAUGAGCCGGGGUGCCGCGUCGUCUCCAUCCCUCCCGAUGGUCACCUGUUGAUCGCAGACACUGAGGGGGUGUGUCUAGAGGAACGGAGUCAAGUCCUAAAAUGUCUACUUCUGAACAGAUGUGCAUUGCUGUCAGUACGGACCCUCUCUCUGUAUUCAGCAGUGUUGAUGUCUGAUAGGGCCAGCAGCAGUUUUUCUGGAUUCAGUUGAGUUGUCAUUAAGACAAUGGCCUAUACUUUUGUAUGGUCAUAUAAAGUGGCCAGGAAUAUUGAAGAACUUACCCAACGGUUCUUAACUGAAACCGGCUCCCUUGACUUUUUAAAUUUGUUCAAACUACUUGCUGUUCCGCAUUGUAUAAAAUAACCAAAUCCUCUUAUGUAAUACUAGAUUUUGUAUGCCAUGAUGAUACAAAUUGAUUUGGAAUAAAAUGUGUACCAUCUGGAUUAAGUUA